AUGGGUCUUCGCGAAUCCAUCACUGCUAGCAUCGAUAGCGAGCAAGCCAGCCGAUCAACCACCACACCAUCUAAGAGACAAGACAAGAGAUUACAGCUGCCACAUUGCUGUCGCUUGCCCUCCCCCAAUCCUGCGACGCUCUGCCCCAAAAAGCAUCGCAACAACACAAGUUCCACUUCUGAAACGAAGGAAACUACGCCUUCCGUUCCCACGAUCAAAAAAGAAAAUCAGCCUGCAGGUUACGGACCCCGCCGUGUCAACAGCAACUUGCUGGACCGGCUACUGGUCAACCAACCAGAUUCAAGUGCUUCAGGAUCAUCGACCGACAACUCUGCUCAGGCCAACUUGUCUUCUAUAAAUUCUCACAGUGAUGGAUCUCCGUCACUUAAUGUAGCUCGCCGUUCUAGCGACUCUCCCAACUAA